ACACCGACGAUAGCUGCCGUUCACCCUUUCGCCCUCGCCGCCCUUCGUUUCCUGAUGGGAUUGCUGCAGGGCCAAUCUUUCCAGCCAUCUACAGUAUUAUCUCCCGCUGGACUCUUCCCGGAGAAACAGCCACCAUGAUCUCCAUCGCCUUCUCAGGUGCGGGUCUCGGCGCUUUAGUUGCCCUCGGAUUGUCUAGCAUCGUGAUCAAUUCCUUCGGAUGGCGGUGGGUAUUCUGGGGGUCCGGGGCAUUGACUCUAGCUUGGCUGCCUUUCUGGGUAAUCUACGUGCGGGACACCCCUCGCUACCAUCCCGGGAUAUCAAAGAAGGAGCUGCAUCACUUGUCCAAGAACCACAACCAGCCGAGGAAAAAUGUGCCGUGGAGUCGCGUCUUCAAGUCAAAGUACAUCUAUCUAUUUAUCAUGAUGGAGUUUGUGAACGUGUGGACACAGACCAUUAUCAUCACGGAGGGCCCCACCUUUCUGACCAACCAGAUCGGAAUCAGUUUAAAGGAUGCAGGCAAUCUGAACAUCAUCAUAACAGCACUUGCUCAGUUCCUAGUGAUAUUCUACGGGUGGCUGUCGGACUUGGUGGAGAGGCGGGAGUGGAUGCCCAUGCUAACAGUACGAAGACUCUUCCAGAUGUUUGGCACGCUGGUGAUUGUGGGCUGCUUAAUGGGGCUGGCCUUUGCCGGGUGUGACGGCUUUGAAGUGGCUGUGUAUUUCGUCGUCUUAAUGUUUGGAUUAUCCACCUCCAUUGUGACCUACGUGAUUGGCCCCAUGAUCAUCGCUCCUAACUAUGCUGGGACACUGAGUGGAAUGGUAGGCUUGGGGACUGUGGCUGGCUUUCUGCUGCCCAUGUUCGUGUCCGUCUUCCUUGAUAUGAAAAACGGCUGGAUGACAGUUUUCCUGGUCUCGGCCGCUAUAAACCUGGUGAGUGGACUAAUCUAUGUGAUCUGGAUGCCGAGGGAGGAGGAGGAGUGGAAUAUGUACGAAGAAAUUCCGGAAAGUGACAAGCAGGCGGCAAAGAAGAAUGGGAAGAUGAGUACUUAGCAGCAGGUUGUGAGCAGAGGAAGAGGAGGAGAAGGGCGAAGAAGAUGAGGAAGAGGGAGAGAGGAGCAAGAGACUGAAUUCAUUGUAUCCGCUAGCCUGUUAAAAGGAAGGAAGGAAGGAAGGAAGGAAGGAAGGAAAAGGAAAGGUCAGAAAGAAAUAAAAUGCAAAAAAAAUCAAAUCAGGAAAGAAAAAAACGAAAGGAAAUAAGGAUGGAGAAAAGAAAGGAACGAUGGAAAGAAGGAAAGGAAAGGAAGGAAAGGACGAUACGAAAUAAGAAUGGAAAGAAGCAAGAGGAAGAAUGAAAAAAAGGGAAAAAUCGGAAGGACAUAAUGAUGGAAAGACAAAAUGAGAGGAAUUAAGGAAGAAAUUAAAGGAAAUGAAAUGACAGAAAGUUGAGGUGAGACAAUAAAGUGUUAGAGAAAGCUUUGUUGAAACAUUACAGAGCCAGACAGACGCAACACUCAUCACUGCAAUAGAAGGUAAACAAAGGAAGGUGUUGCAUAGCGUGACGUCCCAGCAGCGACAUCUCUGAUCGAAACACACAGAUAGGGACACGUGAUGCUUGUUAUCGGUCAUACAUUAGUGAAAUACUCGUGUUUACUGUUGAUAAGAUACACAGUGAGGGAAUAUUAACUUAGAUUACGAAUGUGCUUUCAUGUUACCUGCUUCGGCUGUGGUCUUCACCGACACAUUGGGCAUAUACCUGUUGCGUCAUAAGGCGAAGACAGGGUCGACUCACUGGCAGGAUGAAGACAAGAGGAAGUUCCGCAGGCAAUCUGGCAGGUGAUGAGUGCAGGUAAUCAGUAAACCAGCGUUAGUGGUCGAGCGGUAAAUAAUCUAUAUUAGUUUCUAGCUAGUGCGUAAGUAAACUCAAGGUGUUGUGGAGUGUAUUAAAUUAUUAACUUAUGCAAUUUAUAUACACAAGAAUUAAAGCGGGUCACUAAAUAUUCUGACACUGCCGGGAAGUCUUUCACCAGUUUAGUCACCACUAAAAUCACUAGUCAAUCGCACACUGAAGGUCAUGGUGCACACUUGUCAAUGUCACGCCUCCUAACUUCCCAAAAUCUGAGGUGCAGCGUCUAGCGUCCCAGCGUGCACAGUGAGGCGUGCUGGUGGUGUUGCAGAUAAUGACAAGGAAAUUACUUACUGAUUUAAAUAGUGUGGUUAAUAAGGUGUGUUAGUGAUUCAGGUGUAUUUUACUAAAGUGGCUUUAAAUCAAUGUUAGUAGUUUUAGUAUUUAUCAAAAAUAAAAAGUACACAACAUGAUUCACUGUAUGACGACAAACAGACGCGUCUCUACAACAGGACGGGUAUCAAGCUUGUAUGAGACUGGACGAUAUAUAUGGACGAUGCAUACAAAAUACUGAAUAAAUAAAAGCAAAAGAAA